AUGAUCGAUGGCACGUUUGGUAAAGUCCAAAGUAUAGCCGUUAUUGGACGUCUCUAUUGCGGCAGAAAACCCCCUAAACCAUGGCCAAAUAUGACGAUCGCCCUUUGGGAUCGUAAUUAUUUUAGCCCACACGAUUUACUUGCUAAGACCACAAGUGGAAAGGAUGGCUCGUUCAAGGUGUUCGGUCAAGAAGAUAAAUUCUUUGCAAUUGAACCCUUCAUUAGAAUCACACACAACUGUGAUCUGGGCUAUCCGAAUAACACGCACCCGAGAUGUUGGCACACUGAUCACUACGAUAUUCCAUCCGGUUAUAUAAAUAGCAUAUUCGACUUUAAGAGUCUCCAUUUACAUAUCGAGGGGAGUCGCAGAUGGAUCAAAUGUAAUUAG